GAUGCUUCUGAGUCGUGUAAACAACUUAAGUAUAACUCCAAAAGAUGUGGGCUUUGUCUAAACGUCAUUGAGAAUAAAAUGGCUGAUGCGCUGGAAUCUGCUUGCAUUAAACCACUUGAAGAUAAUAUCUUCACCUACAAGUCCAAUGUCACUGUGAAGGUCAGCCCUAAAAAUACCCAGGAUGCAAUUAAAUGGCAAACAUAUUGUGACAUCUGUCAAAAAAUAUUCAGGAACAAAGAAUCACUCCCUCUCCAUAAAAGAACAAAGCACCAAGAUAUGAACAAUGAUUCACAUUUGUCUCAGGUAGCUUCAGACAAAGAGCAGGCAGCAGAUCAUCUGUACUGCUUCAAUCAUAAAAAAAAUGUUGAAACUGAACAUGAAGUAGACAUUGGCAAUGGGCUAUCCCACAGCAAGAAAUGUUUGUGCCGUGGGACUCUGAAAAACACGGAGCUUACAGAGGAACAGCUGCGGUACAAGCUAUGUGAC